AUGACUUCCUCUGCGAGUCAACAGAACCAAAACCCGGCUCAACCUCCGUCCGCUCCUGCAGCAACGUCGUAUGCUUCCGCAGCCGGUGCGAAGAAGCCGACAAGCACGCCGCUGAUUGCGACGGGUUCUCAGCCCCCCGUCGUGGUUGGUUCCUCUGCCCAGAAUGGCAAGCCUCAAGCUGCCCCGGUGAACGGCCGGCCCAACAUCACCCCCGCCGUGCCCAUCGCCAGAGGCAGCUCGGGCCUCAACGGAGCCUCUGCUGACCACUCUAGGAAGAGCUCCGUCACCAUCAGCGCCGCUCCUCCCAGCCACAACGCCAACGGCGGUCCUGUCGGUGGCGCCAAGGCCAUCCAGUUCGGCUUCGACGAGUCGCCUGCCAUCACCCACAGCACUCCCCACGCUGCUGGCUCCGUUCCCAUCCCGAUUCCUGGCAGCAACGCCAGAGUUCCCUCUCCCGCCGCCUCGCCCUCGCCUAUUCCCCAGGUGCCUCAGCAGAGCGGUGGCCAGCGGGCUCCCUCCAACAUCUCUGCUCCCAUGACGUUCGGCAGUUUCCCUGGUGACAACGAUCGCCACAUGAAGCAACACUCCGUAUCUCACAGCAACGGCCCGGUCCACACACGACGGGACUCGCAGGCCUCUGCCCACGGUGAGACAGUUGGCCACAUGGCUAGCCAUCGUGGUGGCUAUCAGGGUCAGGGUCGUGGUCGCGGCGGAUACAACAACUCGUACAACAACCCCAACAUGGGAUUCCCUCCAACCAGGUCCUACAACGGUCCCCAGCACAACGCUGGUCGUGGUGGCAUGAACAACUUCCAAGGCCGCGGAGGCAUGCAGCAGUAUCCCAACUCUCCUCAGCCCCACCGUUCGAGCCCUGCUCCGGCUCACGCUGUGCCUACUCACGGCACCCCUACCAUGGCCUCUGCCAGCCUGGCACCUACUCAGCCGCCCUUUUACCCCGGCAUGAACAUGUACCAGCAACAAGUAAAGCCCCCUUCCUUUUGCAACGAUUAUUCCUCUUUCAAACCUGUCAACAAGAAGAACAAAGGGACACGCCGGGAUUCAGACAGUAUCCAUCCUAGGCACCCUAAUCCUUCGCAGCAAAAGUCAAGUUCGAGCGAUGAUUCAACUCAGAAGCCUCGACGUCAGAGCAAGCGUUGGGCUUCCAAGGCAGAUGGAUACCAAGAAGUCGACGGUGGUCCGCCUCUGCCGGAAUACUCAAACGCUCCGCCAGCUCGCUACGACUUUGUACCCCUUCGCUCCGUUCCUAUGUUUUCUCCGCCAUCGCUCGGCAUUGACCUGUCACCCGAGAGCGGCCAAUUCGAAAACGUGCUGACAAAACAAAAACAGGUGCCCGGAUAUCCUGCCCCUAUGGACUAUCGUGGUCCCGUAUUUAACCCCUACAGCCAGCCCAUGCCCUAUAUGGGCCAGCCGGUGCCCCAUUUCCAGCCCGCAUACGUCCCUCCUACCUUUGUACCUCAAGGACAGCCUGUUGCCCAACCGAUGUCCCGUAACGCUUCACAGGUUUCUGAUCGCCCGGCGUCGAGCACUGGCCAAGUCCAAGCGCCCGUCGUUGCGCAGAGCACCCCGACGCAGCGUCCUGCCCAAGCUGCCCCUGCCAUUGUUUCCUCUAACUUUGCUAGACCCAAGAAGUCCGCAGGCAUCACUAUUAAGGAUCCCAACGGCAACCCUCUCGACCUUUCGGCGAUAAAGGGCCCUGUCUCCCCGGCACCCAGCAUUCAGCAACAGUCCAAGACACCGCCUGUUGUUGCCUCGACACCCACACCCCCUCCCGCUAAGCCCACUGCCCCCUCCCACGGUCGUACCGAGAGCACAACUGGCAAGACUGCCGAGCAACUUCGCGACGAGUUUAAGAAUGCGGUUCAGAAGGCCAAGACCGAAGCUCCUGCUGACAACAAGACCAACGAGGAAGAGGCCGCGAAGGCCGCUGCCGAGAAGGCUGCUGCCGAGAAGGAGGCUGCUGACAAGGCCGCUGCUGAAAAGGAAGCUGCCGACAAGGAGGCCGCAGAGAAGGCCGCAGCCGAGAAGGCUGCUGCUGAAAAGGAGGCUGCUGACAAGGCCGCGGCUGAAAAGGAAGCUGCCGAGAAGAAGGCAGCUGAAGAAGCCAAGGCCAAGGAGGAAGCUGAGGCUAAGGCUAAGGCUGAUGCCGAUGCCUCGGCCGCUGCUGCUGCCGCCGCCAAGAAGCCUGAGGCUAAAGAGGAGUCUGAAAUUGACUACAACAACCUCGACUUCGCCAAGCUGACUGACAAGGAGCUCAACAACAUUGAUCACAGCAAGCUUAGCGAUGAGCAAAUGGACGCUUACUUCAACGAACUCGAGGAGAGAGAUGCUCGCCGCGAGAAGGAGCAGGCCGAGAUCUCCAAGAAGAAGGCUGCUGAGGCCGAAGAGGCCAAGAAGAAGGCUGAGGCUGAGCGCUUGGCCAACGCUGCCGAGAACGACCGCAAGCUCCGCGAGCAGGAACGUGAGAUGGAGAGACUCGAGGAAGAGCGCGAGCGUAAGCGCAAAGAGAGAGAGUCUGGCCAGGGCGAGUCUGUCGCCGACCUUCUCACCAAGGAGGCCGAUGACAAGAAGGAGACCGAUGCUGCCUCCAAGACCCUCGGCAAGAAUAAGCCUGCUGCUCUCAAUCUUGCUCCCCUCAACACUAAGUCCGUUGAGGCGCCCCAGCCCAGCGCUGCUCUCCAGUCUCUGCGCUCCGCUCGCCUUCUCCCUGGCGUGCAGUAUGAUAUCUACCCUGCCGGCAUCGCUUCCCCCAACCCAGCCCUCAACCAGGCUGUUUCUAAGAAGGGCAAGAUGUUCAAGUAUGAUGCCAACUUCCUUCUCCAGUUCCAGACUGUCUUCACGGAGCAGCCGUCUCCCGAGUUCCAUCAGCAGGUUAAGUCUCUCAUCGGAGAUUCGGACGGUGGUCGCUCGGCCUCCGCUCGUACCCCUGGCGCUGGAUCCCAGAGAGGCCGCGGCGGUGCUUCCGGCGGCGGCUUCCCUGCCAUGGGCCAGUUCUCUGGCAAGCCUGCGCUGCCCCCUGGAACCACUUCGGCGGAGCGCUUCGCUAUGUCGCAACAGGCUGGUGGUAUGGGCUCUCUUGGCAGACCUGGCGCUAUGGGCACUAUGGCUUUUGGCCGCCAGGGCACAUUCCCUGGCAAUCUCAGCCGCACUCCCUCGUCUACUGCUACUCCUGACUCUCCUCGUCAGGGCAGCCGUCGCAAGCCGCGUGAAGGUUACUCCAAGAACGAGGCUCAGGCCGCCAAGAAUAUGCCGCUCACUGCCGGCAUGGAGGUCAAGCCUAUUACUGUGUCCGCAACAGGCUGGAAGCCCAUGAGCAUAGGAACUAAGAAGGCGGAGGCGCCUGCCCCCGGUCACUUGGAUCCUGAGACCGUUCAGCGCAAGGUCAAGGCCGCUCUCAACAAGAUGACCCCUGAGAAGUUCGACAAGAUUUCCGACCAGAUCCUUGAGAUCGCUCACCAGUCGAAGAACGAGCAGGAUGGUCGCACUCUGCGCCAGGUCAUUCAGCUCACGUUUGAGAAGGCUACGGACGAAGCCCACUGGGCUUCCAUGUAUGCCAAGUUCUGCAAGCGCAUGCUCGAGACCAUGAGCCCCGAGAUCCGCGACGAGAACAUCAUGGACAAGCAGGGUAACGUCGUCAGUGGCGGCGCCCUCUUCCGCAAGUACCUCCUUAACAGGUGUCAGGAGGAGUUCGAGCGUGGUUGGAAGGUGGAUCUUCCGAAGCCCAAGGAGGGUGAGGAGGGCGACAAGAAGGCCUCCGAGGCUGUUCUCAUGUCCGAUGAGUACUAUAUCGCCGCCGCCGCCAAGCGUCGUGGUCUUGGUCUUGUCCAGUUCAUUGGUGAACUCUUCAAGCUUGGCAUGCUUACGGAACGUAUCAUGCACGAGUGUGUCCGCAAGUUGCUUGAGUUUACGGGUGUUCCCGAUGAGGCCGAGAUUGAGUCUCUCACCAAGCUCUUGAGGACGGUCGGUGGCAACCUCGACAGCACCGAAAAGGGCAGGCCUUUGAUGGAAGUCUACUUCGGUCGCAUCCAGCAGAUUAUGGAUCUUCCUGACCUCCCAAGCCGUCUGAAGUUCAUGCUUAUGGACAUUGUCGACCUUCGCAGGGCCCGCUGGGUUUCCAAGGAGGCCAACAAGGGUCCUAAGACGUUGGAGGAGAUCCGCGCUGAGGCUGAGGCUGCUGCCGCCGCAAAGGCGGUUGAGAAUGCUCGCACCGGCCAGCGUGGCCUUGGAGGCCGUGCUGCUUCCGGUCGCGGAGAUGCCAGGGGCUUCCCUUACAACCAGAGCAUGACCAACAACCAGGUCGAGCUUGGUGAUCUCAAGCGCUUGAAGGGCAACACCAGCCGCUCCGGUAGCCAGGGCAUGUCUUUCGGCCCGCCUACGUCCAUGUUCAAUUCUAGGAGCAACAGUGGUCGUCGUCAGGUCGGUGGUCCUGGCGGUGCUUUUGGCCGCGGCGGUGAUGACUCUGGCGGCUCAUCCCGUACUGCUUCCAUGCGCGGUAACGAUUCGGUUUCCCACGCAAAUGCUUUCAGCCUUCUUGCUGAUGCUGGAGACCACCCCGGCUCCCCCCCUUCGGCCUCUGCCUCUCCGGCAUUGUCCAAGGUGACACCCGAUACCACGAAUAAUGACGAGAAGAAGGACGAAUAAGGCAGAUGGUUUUCUUUUUCUCUCUUACCCAAAACAAGUUCAACGGUGUGCCGCAUCAUGAGCACCCGGAACUGUCUCUGUGAGCAUAGACCGGGCGGGUUUCUCCAAAUUAUGCAUUUGCGCGGGUCGGGGAUCAUUCCAAAAGUUCUGCUUUAUUACUUUAACUUUUUUUCCUCCAUAUCUCAGUGAUACCUCUUCUUUUUCUCCCACAUACAUCAGAGAACAAGUUAUUACCAUUACCUUCCCCAUACCAUAGACUCAAUUCCCCCUAAAACGGCGGACACAAAGCACCAGCAGCAUGGAAGAUGAAAUCACGUUUUGAAGUUCGGAUUAUGAAUGAGGAUUUUAUGAUG